CUCUUUUUUGGUGGUCUUAUUUAUUAUUAUAAUUAGUUUCGCUCAUGCAUUUUAUAUUUUACUAUUACCAAGAGCAAAAUUUUCAUUUGAUGAUCGUACAAAUAAUAAUGAUCCUAAUAAUCCUUGGAAUAUAGCCAAUUCCUAUAAUCUAGUACUUGAAAAUGGAUCUAUUGGUAAAACCCCAUAUAUAAUUCAACAACCUAAUGGAAAUACAAAUAUGUUUGUAGAUUUUAGAUCAUCCCUUUUUGCAAUGUAUUUAUUCUUAACAGGCGAUUCAAGUGCGUUAACUAAUUGGACAUAUACUGAUAAUGCGCCAAUUGCAAUAUUGAUCGUUUUAUUCUCAUUACUGAUUGUUGUAUAUCUUAUGAAUUUGUUUAUUGGAUUACUCAAUAUGGCAAUUGAAAAAGAUAAUAAUAGAGUUUCAUAUUUAAAAAGAAGGCAGAGAUUCUUGCUGAAAUUGAGUUAUUCUAUCUAUUACCACAUCAAAGACGUUGGGGAAAAUGGUUUCCUGAAAUAAUAUAUUAUUAUGCCAAUGUUGAUAAGACUCGUGAGAAAGUUAAAGAAAUGAUGGAUAAUGGCGAAUGGGAUUCUAAUGAAUUUACAGAACUCAAGAAAGCUCUUUUAGAAAAACUUAACAUGGACAAAUAAAUUCUUGCAAAGAAAAAUGAGAUUUAUAACGUAGUAUAUAAACAUAACAAAACAUUAUUUCUUAAUAUAAUUAUAUCAAUAAUUAAUAUAUUUUAUUUUUUUACAAGAUCAUAUAGUAUGCUAUAAAGUACAUUUUUA